AUGGCGUUGCUGGUUGAAACCACCACAAGCGGCCGUGAAUACAAAGUGAAGGACAUGUCUCAGGCCGACUUCGGCCGUCUCGAAAUCGAGCUGGCCGAAGUGGAAAUGCCUGGCCUCAUGUCCUCCCGCGCUGAAUUCGGCCCUUCCCAGCCCUUCAAAGGCGCAAAAAUCACCGGUUCCCUCCACAUGACGAUCCAAACCGCCGUCCUCAUCGAAACCCUAACCGCUCUCGGCGCCGAAGUCCGCUGGUGCUCCUGCAACAUUUUCUCCACGCAAGAUCACGCCGCUGCUGCCAUCGCUCGCGACAGCGCGGCGGUGUUUGCAUGGAAAGGUGAAACUCUCCAGGAGUACUGGUGGUGCUCUGAACGCGCUCUUGACUGGGGUCCUUCCGGUGGUCCAGAUCUCAUUGUUGAUGAUGGUGGUGAUGUCACUCUUUUGAUCCAUGAAGGUCUUAAAGCUGAAAAGCUUUUCGAGAAGGAUGGUACGUUGCCAGAUCCUUCUUCAACUGAUAACGCUGAAAUGCAGAUCGUUUAUACCAUUAUCAGAGAUGGUUUGAAAACCGAUCCAAAACGUUACCACAAGAUGAAGGAUAGAAUUGUUGGUGUUUCCGAAGAAACUACCACCGGUGUUAAGAGGCUUUAUCAGAUGCAAGCCAAUGGUUCUCUCUUGUUCCCUGCUAUCAAUGUCAAUGACUCUGUCACCAAGAGCAAGUUUGACAACUUGUAUGGUUGCCGUCACUCUCUUCCCGAUGGAUUGAUGAGAGCUACUGAUGUGAUGAUUGCCGGAAAGAUUGCUGUUGUAUGUGGUUACGGAGAUGUUGGCAAGGGUUGUGCUGCUGCAUUGAAACAAGGUGGUGCUCGUGUGGUCGUGACUGAGAUCGAUCCAAUCUGUGCACUUCAAGCACUCAUGGAAGGUCUACAAGUUCUGACUCUUGCGGAUGUUGUGUCGGAGGCUGACAUUUUCGUUACCACCACUGGAAACAAAGACAUUAUCAUGGUCAGUGACAUGAAGAAAAUGAAGAACAAUGCCAUUGUCUGCAACAUUGGUCACUUCGACAAUGAAAUCGAUAUGCAUGGUCUCGAGACCUACCCUGGCGUGAAACGUAUUACGAUUAAGCCACAAACUGAUAGAUGGGUUUUCCCUGAAAACAACUCUGGUAUCAUUGUUUUGGCUGAAGGUCGUUUGAUGAACUUGGGAUGUGCUACUGGACAUCCCAGUUUCGUCAUGUCCUGCUCUUUCACUAACCAAGUCAUUGCUCAGAUUGAGCUAUGGAAGGAAAAGACUUCUGGGAAAUAUGAAAAGAAGGUGUAUGUUUUGCCUAAGCACCUUGAUGAGAAAGUGGCUUCUCUUCAUCUUAACCAGCUUGGAGCUAAGCUAACCAAGCUUUCCAAAGAUCAGGCAGAUUACAUCAGUGUGCCUGUUGAGGGUCCAUACAAGCCUGCUCACUACAGGUAUUGA